UCGGCUACAAAUUAAAAGGGAAAGAGAAAGAGAGAGAGAGAGGGCAAGAGAGAAAAUAUAAAAAGUCAAUAGAGAAAGUAUAUUUUACAAAAAAGAUAAACGAAAAAAAAAUCGGGAGAAAGAUUUGAGUGAAAAACAAAAAAAUAUGUCACGUCGUGGGAAUAUUGUGGAUGCAAUGGCGGAUUCUGGUAGUGGAUCACGCCGACUAACGGCCCUAAGUGGUAUAAGUUCCACCAUCGAGGAUAAAAACAGUGAUCUUCUGUGUCCUAUAUGCUUUGAGAUGAUCACAGAGGCACAUAUUACAAAAUGUGGACAUACUUUUUGCUAUCAGUGCAUUGUAAAGUCCAUUGAGAGUACCAAGAGAUGCCCUAAAUGCUGCUUUUCCCUACCAUCGCAGGAGUUAAUCUUUCCCAAUUUUCUCCUCAAUGAAUUGGUGACCAAGCAGCGUCUGAGGAUGGCAACGAGUGAACAAUUGACGGGUGAUACAGCUGUUAAGGAUGGGAAUAAGUUGAAGGAUCUUAUUGCUAGGGAUUCACAAAAUCUCUCUCUAUCGGAUGUCGAUGUAAUGCUGGAGAUUUUGAGUCAUAGGCGUCAGAUACUGGAGACAGAAACUUGUGUAGCACAGAAUCGAUUGCUAUUUGAAUUCCUGAAGCAUUUGCUGAAGCAGAAGGAGGAGCAAAAGGCUCAAAUUGCCAAGGAGAUUGACCUGAUUUCGAGGGAUUUGCAUGAAGUUGAGUGUAUACUCAAAGAGAGGAGGAGUAUCUUGGUGAGUGGUAGCGGAGAAGAGGAAGCUACUGGAAGUGCUCAAGAAGAAGUUCUGGCCAGUGACAAUGAGAAGCAACAGGUUCCGGAAUUGCCAAAUGUGGAUGAGGAAAAGGCUGAAUCUGUUGGAGAUGGCUUCAAUUCAUUCAAUCCUGAUGUCACUUCGUCCACUUUUACCAUUCGAAAGCGUCGGAUGCACACGUACUUUGAUGACUUUGUCAAUUGCUACUUCCAGGCUCGUGGUCAGGAUUUGUAUUUCAGUGGGAAUACGCCUGAAAAUGACAAUAUGAGAUUGUCAGUGAGCUCAAGGAGGGGCUUAGAUGCUUUUCGGGAGAGUUUGGUGAAAUUUUCCAGAUACAGUUCAUGCAAGACUCUAGCUACUCUUGGGUACUCGUCGGAUCUAUCCAAUGGAUCAAUAGUGUCGGGAAUUGAAUUUGACAAGGAUAAUGAGUAUUUUGCAAUUGCUGGGGUGACCAAGAGGAUCAAAGUAUACGACUAUCUUGCUGUGAUUAGGGAUGUAGUGGAUAUUCACUAUCCAGUGGUUGAGAUGGUGUCCAACAGUAAAAUUUCCUGUGUCGUCUGGAAUUCCUAUCACAAGAAUAUUUUGGCAUCGAGUGACUAUGAUGGAACAGUGACAAUUUGGGAUGCUGUUACGGGGCAGAGAACAAAAUUUUUCCAAGAACAUGAUAAACGAUGCUGGAGUGUGGAUUUCAAUAAUGUCGAUUCGCGCCUUGUGGCAUCGGGAUCGGAUGAUGGAAGGAUGAAAUUGUGGUCACUACUGGCAAAUAAUUCAGUAGCAACUUUGGAUACAAAAGCCAAUAUUUGCUGUGUGAAAUUCAAUCCAAAAAGUUCAUGUCACAUUGCAUUUGGAUCUGCUGAUCACUGUGUCCAUUACUACGAUCUGAGGCAUACCACAAAGCCACUCUGUGUCUUCACGGGACACCAAAAGGCUGUCUCCUAUGUUAAAUUCCUCAAUGAGCAGGAAAUUGUGUCAGCUAGCACAGAUAGUCGCCUAAGGCUGUGGAAUGUAAAUUCACCGCCAUAUUCCAUCAGAUCCUACGUUGGACACAUGAAUGAGAAGAAUUUCGUGGGUCUGGCAACAGAUGGCGAGUACAUUGCAUGUGGAAGUGAAGAUAUCUCCCUCUAUGUCUACUACAAAGGCCUCCCAAAGCCACUGUUUAGCAUGAAAAUUGACCGGCCAAGUAGCAUUGAUCAGCCAGGAUCGGAUCUCAAUGAAUUCGUAUCGGCUGUUUGCUGGCGUAAGCAAUGCAAUGUAAUGGUAGUGGCCAAUAGUAGGGGUAUCGUUAAGAUUCUAGAACUUGUUUAGCGUAGACACAUUAUUCCAGAAACAAACCUCUCAUGAGAAUGGAUAAUCAAAGGUAAAAACCUUUUUUCCGAAUCCAACCAAUAGAAUUUAAGUAUUAAAUUGACCAUCUUGGAAAUGAUUGUUUUCUAUUGGCUGGAAUACAAAAUUGCAAAAUUGAAUUUAACAAAGAAAAAAACUGCAAUUAAUCCAGAAAAAAGCAAAACACUAGACUAGACACUUUUAGAGAUUUUCUUGUGAUACAAUCAACAAGCAGCUUCCUUGAAAUAAUGUCCAUAAUUUUCUGUGUCUAUGAUAGGUGGAAAAAUAUAUAUAGUUUUUCUCUAAUGACAGUUGCACUGAGA